AUGCUUUCCAAAUCCAUCGCCGUAUGUUCCUCCAUAGUUGUUAAACGAAUUACCACCUCAUCUGAAAAUGCAACCGAUCUCAUACGAUAUGCCCACAAACUAUUCAAUCAUAUGCCUAAUAAACAUGACACCUUUAUCAACAACACCAUGAUGGCAACUCAUCUCGGUAUUCAACAUUUAGGAAGAAGGGGUAACUUUAAACUAGAUGGUUAUAUGUUCUUGACUUUGGGAAACUUGUGUACUUCAAAUCUAGAUGUCCGGAGAAUCCACCAAGUGCAUGAACAUGUUGUUAAAGAAGGUUUUGGACAUAACUUGUUUGUAGCUAAAUCAUUAGUUGAUAUGUAUGUAAAACCAGGUCAGAUGAAUUAUGCACAAAAAUUGUUCGAUGAAAUGCCUGAAAGAAGUCAAGUUUCUUGGAUUGUGUUAGUUGGUGGGUAUGCAAAGUGUGGAGAUAGAUAA